CCACAUCCACCUCUCUCCCUCUCUCCAAAAUUAAAAUAACACACUCUCUUCAUGUAUUUACACCACAUCCCCUCCAAAUUCUAGCCUCUGGCUAGCUGGCUUUCCUUGAGAGAAACAACAGACAGCAUAGCAUAAACUUGUUCUUUUUAGUUAUGGGAGGAACCCCCCCAAAAAGAAAAACAUUUCUUCUUGUGUCUGCAAAAACUUCCCAAUAGUUCACAUUGAUAGUCAUUUUAAAGCAUACAAGCUCCUCUGUCUCUCUUUAUGCCUACUCUUUCAUCCCCUUUUGUCAGUCACACAAUUCUCUAGAAACCCCAAAAGCAAAAGAAACUCGAAAUCUCUGUUCAACUGCAGCUAAUAAAGAAGUUGUUUGAAGAAGCAUAAUCAUAAUGCACUGUAUUUUUUCACAUGUAAUUAGCUGGAAAGUUGUGGCCCAAAGAAAGCUGAAGCUCUGGUGUAGUUGUUGAUGCAAGUUUUGUCAUUACAUGAAAUGUUAUGUUCUAAAAAUAUCUCAACAUAGUGAAAGCUGAAACUCUCUUUGUAAGUUGCUUGGAAUACUCUUAUUCCUAUAAAUUCUUAAAGAGUCAAGGGAGAGAGAAAUAGAAAGCUCAGAGAGUUUUUAACAUUCUCAGUACCUGGGAUUUGAAGAGACGAGGUGAAGAUGUCUGCAAAGCUUCUGAAUUCUUUGACAGACGAAAACCCAAAUGCGCAGAAGCCAAUUGGGUGCAUGAAUGGACUCUUUCACCAUUUUCUCGCCGGGCGACGCGGGGUCGGUGGUCGAAAUCACAAGACGCUGCCACCAGGUCAAGAUGCCAAAGAUGGAAUGGAGCCCAACAGUACAACAGAAAAAGCCAUGGAGAAAAGCUUGGAUGUUGUGAAAGAGAAACAAAGAGCCCCUGCUGAAUCAUCUAGCACCUCUUUUUCAUCCACCUCUUGCUCAUCAACCUUUUCGUCCGUUGAUUGUAACAGAACAACUCAUCCAGAACCAUCCUCCUCUGGCCAGAGCAUUUCCCCUGAAACCCCAUCUCAAAAUAUAACCAUCAAACCACCAAAUUCUUCUUUGCACGCUGGUCGGCAGUCUUCCGAUCUCCGCGACAUUGUCAAGGACUCCAUCAACAGAGAAGCCCGUGGGUUAUCGGUCAAAACUGCAAGUAAAGAGGAAGGAGUGAGCCAUGUCAUGAAGCAUGUAGAUUCUCCAAGGCCAUCACAGCUGUGCAAAUCCGUAAAGGCUAAAGUUUCCAGUCCGGAUGGAUCGUUUCGAGUUCUUGCUAAGCUUGGGGAAGCACCUCGGAAUCCCAGCAAGGAAAAGGAUGGUUCUCUGUCAUCGACACCAAAGGUUGCACGUCGGUUCUCUUGCGAUGGAAGGGAGUCACGAGAUACACUGAAAUCCAACAUAAGGCUCAAAGAGCUCCCAAGGCUAUCAUUGGACAGUAAAGCAGGUUCAGUAAGGAGCCCUGCUUCUGAAUCAAGAUCAAAUUCUCUUUUAGGAGAUAUACAGCCAGGAAAUUGGACCCCCAAUAAAUCCCUGAACCCACAUCAAGAGCCAGGAAGUAAUGAAAGACAAUCUAGUAUUGUAGUGAAGUUGAUGGGAUUGGAAGCUUUUUCAGAUUCCAAGUCAACUAAUGAGGGUCAGAUAAGGGAAACUAAAUCCAGCCCGGGUGAAAAUUUCGAAACAAAUUCAAGAUCCUCAAAAAUGGCCAAUGAAGGGAAGCAGAGUCAAGUAUCUGGGUCCCCAAGGGUUCUGCAGAGGAACCCUGCCUCACCCCUAUCGAGAAAUGGCAAUUCAGUCUUGAAACCAACCUCAAGGUUUCCACUAGAACCAGCUCCAUGGAGGCAGCCAGAAGGAAACCGAGGCUCUCAGAAGCCAGCUUUCAUGUAUUUUGAAGCUCCUGUAAAGGUCCCCAAUCCAUCAUCUGUGUAUGGUGAAAUUGAAAAAAGGUUUACUGGACUUGAGUUCAAGAAAUCUGGCAAGGAUCUAAGAGCUCUUAAACAGAUACUUGAAGCAAUGCAAAAGACUAGGGAGAGGCGAGAGAGAGAAAAAGAAGAGCCUACUUCAAGUUUUGUGCCUCAAACCAGCAACAACAGCCUUGAUCAGAGUUCUAUAACAACCCAGAGGAGCCAGCAAAGUAACCAUCCAAUUUCUGCCGCCAUCAGGGGGACCAGUCCUCCAAAGAGAUUUGAAUCCUCAAUUGCAAUCAUAAAACCAGCCAGACUUGCUGAAAAACCAAGAAGUAUAGGUUCGUAUGCAAUUCCAAUUGACAGACCAUCAGGUCUCCGCAAACUCCGGAUUGCUGAAACUGCAGACAGCAGAAACAUUUUAAAUGACAAGCAAACAGCUAAAGAUCCACCUCUGAGAAACAAUCAUCUGAGAGACCCUUCUAGUCAACCCAUGUGUUCCAUGAAUAAGACUACCAGCCCCAGAACUUCAAGAUCAAUGCGUACUUCAGAGGCAAUUCAACAUAUGAAUAUGAUGGAAGGAAAUCCCACCAGCUCCGGAAGGAGCUCAGGAACUGAGAGUCCAAGACAGCAGCAGAAGAAGCAAGGGAAGGAGAAGCUAUCUUGUCCUUCUACACCACCAUCUGAUUCCAACAGGGCCAGAAGGCAAUCAAGUAAACCACCAAUAGAAUCAGGCUCUCCAAGUAGAAAGCUCAAAUUUAAAUCUCCUUGUCUGCAGCAAAGUGAUGACCAGUUGAGUGAGAUCACUACUGACAUGAGGAACUUGUGUCACCAAGGUGAUACAGUUUCUGUGCAAUCAGAAAGCAACAUUAUCCUGGCCACACAGAUUGACACAGAAGUCACAAGCACAGACCAUUCCAAUGAAAUAAAUGGGACAUCCGAGCAGAGGGACAAGAAAUAUAAAAAUCUAGCAGCAAAGUUGAGAGAAGACAAAUCAGUGGCUGAACUUGCAACAGCUAACUUGGAACAACCAAGUCCUGUAUCUGUUCUUGAUGCUACAUUCUACAGAGAAGACUCGCCAUCUCCUGUAAAGAAGACAUCAAAUGCUUUUAAAGAUGAUGUGAACCUAUAUCCCUAUGAAGCAGAAUGGAUUGCAGUGGAUCUUGAUCACUUGGUGAACAGCACAAGACCCAAUUUCAGCUCUGAAUUCGGCCAUAAAAAAUUAGAGGAUGUCAAGCACUUGGUUCAUAAGCUUGAACGAUUGAACUCCACUCAUGACGAAGCCACCAUAGAUUAUAUUGCAUCUAUUUGUGAGAACACAAAUCCAGACCAUAAAUACAUUACUGAGAUACUGUUAGCAUCAGGCCUCCUCCUCAAAGAUCUGGGCUCUAGCUUGACAAUCACUCUGUUCCGCCCAUCAAGCCAUUUGAUCAACCCAGACUUGUUCCUUGUCCUGGAACAAACCAGGGGAAGCACUGAGCUUCCAAAUGAUGAACACAGCAAUGAAAAGAAUACCUGGACAAAAUCUAAUGAUAAGAUCCAAAGAAAACUUGUGUUCGACACAGUCAAUGAGCUUCUUGUCCAAAAAUUAACUCCUCCAGCUCCUUCUGAGGUAUGGAUCUCUCCAAAUAAGCUGAAAGGAAGAAUUCCCAGUGGACAAAAGCUUCUGAAAGAAUUGUGUUCAGAAAUAGAUCAGCUCCAAGCAUACAGUGAGGAUGACUAUCUGAUAAGCAUUUUAAGCGGAGAUAUGAUGCAUCAAUCUGAAAAUUGGGAAGAUUACCGUGGUGACGUUCCAGGGUUUGCAUUAGCCAUCGAGCGCCUUAUAUUUAAAGACUUGAUCACUGAGGUUGUCAGUGGCGACAUGGCUGGUAUGAGGCAUUGCAGGCAACUCUUUUCCAAAUAGCAUUCUAGUACUCUCUUUCCCUCCUCCGUAAUUUCUUAUUUUUUAACUUCUAUUUUGGGUGUGAAAGCAAAAUAAAUAAUUGAUGGGAAUAGCAUCACUUUCUUAGCUUGUAAAGAGAA